CUGGAAUUACUUUAUUAAAUUUGAUGUGUAAAAAUUAAAAUAAGAUUAAAAUAAGUAUUUAUAGUAAUUAGUUUAAAUAAACUAAUUUUUAUAUAUCUUGAUAAUAGACUAUGAUUCAUAGUGUUUAAUUUAAUAAAUAUAUUAAAAUGUUUAAAUUAAACACAUUUCACACACUUUUGGUCGUGUUUUUGGCCUUUUUCUCCGUAUUCUUCAACCGUAAAUGUGUUUCACUUGUGUUCACACAACUCAUUAACGAGGGAUUAUCUCUACAGAGCGCAGGCACAAUAUCUAGCGCACAGGGCGUAUCACUGGCCGCUACCACGUUCGGCGCCGGUAUACUCAGCGAUCGUGUGCCGGCCCGGACUCUAUUAGUGGCCGCGUUUGCCAUAUGCUCCAUAACCACCUUGCUACUAUCAACCGUACAAGUCAACGCCAGUCUAUUCUCAGCCCUAUGGUUUGCCAACGGUGUUGGUCAAGGUCUGGCCCUUCCUCCUAUGAUCGGUCUAACACGACUGCACAGCAAACCGGCACAGUUUGCUACCAAUUGGGCCCUGGUGCUUUUAUCAGUGAAUGUUGCUUCUAUUGUUAACCCGUUUGUGUCCACUUGGAUGGCGGGGGCGUACGGCUGGCGCCAAUACAUAGCCUUUGCCGGCGUGCAAACCCUUAUGGUGGGCGCCGUGUGUUAUAUAUUUCUCGAUGGUAACCGGCCUACCAGUGCCGAUAACAAAUCCAAGGGCACUAAAACAACCAACACUAAACCUGUCGGUGCCAGUGUAUGGCAGCAAAUACUAUCAAGUCCGUUAACCAUGCUCACUAUAGCUAUUAGUUUCAUGGAGGGGGUCGGCCGAUUCGGUAUUAUGGACUGGCUGCCAAUGUAUAUGGAUAAGCAGCUAGGGUUUGACCCCUAUCGCACUAGCAUGUUCAUUAGUGUUGCGAGUGUAGGCGGUAUUUUUGGUAAAGUGUUGGCUGGUAAGCUUAGCGAUACCCUAGUUGGUCGGGCACAGCCCUCAAACACUGACCCCCUCUGGCGUCCCCGGGCCCGCCUCCUGGUAUCGGUGGUCAUGUUUGCGGUGAACGCCGUGGGCUUACAUGCUCUGUGUUUUGGUACAUAUGAGAGCUCCAGCACACUAUGGCUAGUGAUAACAGCGUUGCUAAUAGGUGUGGCUAUAUCUGGUAAUGUGGUUAACAUAUCGGUGAUGGGCACCGAGUUGGGACCCAAGGAGUUGGCGGGCACCUAUUCGGCUAUUGUUACCUUGGCCGGUUUAGUUGGCGGUGUGUUCGCUGGCCUCCCAUUGUCUACAAUCGCCGAAUAUUACUCAUGGAAUGCGGCGUUUAUUGUGAUCGAGAUGUUAUGUGUUACGGGUUUUAUAAUGAUUUCACACCUAGAUGCCAAAAACAGUUCACCUGACGGUACAGAUGAAUACCAAGGUUACGAUGGGGGUGUGGCUAAGGAUAAGGACGUUAAAGUCAAAGGUCACGACAAGUCGCCCACCGACGGGGCCGUAGAGCCCAGUGAUGUUGAUUUGGCCAAAGAUUAUAAAAAGGUUUCCAUUGGGGGUAACAAAGACUUCAAUAGUCGUAACACAGGCUAUGGUUAUGCUCCCGACAAUAAGGGUAACGAUGAGUACGGCAAAGAUCAGGAGACAUAUGGUAACCCUGUUAAACCUGGUGAUGAAAAGCAACCUGGUGCUGAUAAAAAGCCCCAUGGGCAAAAACCUGGAUACGAAGAGAGUUAUGAUGAUGGUUUUAAUGUGCCUGAUACUGGUAAAGAGCAUCAAAAACAACCCGGUUCGUUGCCAGAUACGCCAGUUGCGGGUGAUAAGUAUCCCGAAGACAAAUAUACUGUAACUGAAAACAAAGACAAAUACCCGGGUAAUGAUGGCUACAGCCCUGUAAAACAUGGUGAAAAAUAUCCAGAAAUUGACACCAAAGACAAAUACCCUGAUAAUAAUGGCUACGGUCAGCCAAAACCUGGUGAUAAACACCCUUCAAUUGACACCAAAAACAAAUACCCGGGCAAUGAUGGCUACGGGCAUGUAAAACCUGAUGAUAAAUACCCUGGUGUUGGCGACAGUGGUAAAGGUCAAGGAGAGUACCCGUCAGGCGGUGCCGAUUACGACUUUGGAGGCGCCGUUGGGGGCAAUGACAAGGGAGUAGUGGUGGGCGGCGGCGAUAAGGGUGUCAAUGAGGUGGGCGGCGGUUACGAUAAACAUGAGAAACACGUGGUGAUCGGCAAUCAUGUAGUGGACACCUUAAUAGAUCUAAUUAAACGAGACUAUCGGGUCGAUUUUGAGAAAGUAGCCCUGUCAGAGGUGGGUCCCAUUAAACAUGGUCGAUGGGGUUCGGUAACGCUACACGACGGUUGGGUGACGGGUCUGACCAACAUGAAACGUGCCGGUCCUGUACUGAUCAACGAUGAAUUCGGUGGCAAAAAGCUAAUCGUAACCGAUUUAGUGCUGCACGACGUGUACGCCGACUACAAAGUGAACGCAAAACUAUUUCACAGAAUUUCAAUCAAAAACCGUGCGAUAAAACUAUGGGUCCGUAAGGCUGUGCUUAACGUACGCCUAUUGGCCGACAGUCAGACCCGACAACUGGUCGUUCAGGACGUGGUGUUGAAACACAAGGAGGGCUUUGGCGUAAAGAGCGGUCGACUCGUCUGGCCGUUCAAUAAACUGACCGACAGUAUUGUUAAAUCGCAGGAACAGGUAGUGAUGGGUAUUGUUCAACACGAGGUGAAGAAAUACAUGGGCAAAGUAGUGCAUGUGGUUAAGUUUGAUGAGGUUCUG